AUGGCUGGCCUUGGAAUGACUCUCUUGACCGAUAUAUAUACGGACAUUGUCCACCUCCUCUUGCAACCCGACCACAGGCUUUCAUCCUACCAAAAUGAAUUGUUUCGAGUCUUCCUCGCAGCAGCGCGUUGGGGCCAUACAGAUAUCCUCAUGUCGCUUCUCCAGGCAUACGGUACAUUAUGGGAUUUUCAACCUGAACUGCGGAAGGUUGUGGUGUGGGAGGCUGCAUAUCAUGGGCGCGAAUCGCUCUUGCGGAUGAGGCUUAGAAAUGGAGCUGACGCGAAUGCUCAACUCAUGUAUCUCGCAAAGUACAGCACCUCCCCCCUUCAGAUGGCUGCCCGGCAUGGCCAUACACCCGUCAUUCUGGAGCAUGGUGCUGAGAUCGCCUGCGACAUUGGCCACACGAAGAUUGUGCCGUUCGCAUAG